AUGACCUUGUCAAACGAUAAAUACCGAGUGAUUGAGCUGCCGGGAUGUUUUUCUGAAAUAUAUACCACGAAGCAGCAUUUAGGAAAAUCAGAGAAUGGCGUGUACUGUGCUCUACUUGAUGGUCAUGGUGGCCUCAGACUUCGGAUUUGGUACCUCGACGAAACGUGUGAUCAGAUAAGCUGGAGGUCAAAGUGCGACAUCAACCUUGGCCCUCUUCUAGCAGAAUUUUUCGGGGGACACAGUGAUACUUUCUCAGAACAGUGUGAUAACAGAGGUUCCCUACUUGGAUUUCAUCCCAACGAAGAGACUGUCUUCUUACAUACACCUCUCAAAAGAGUAGUGGCUUAUCAUUUCGAGAGCUCCAAGAUGGAAGACUUGGGCUGCUUACCUGUGGAACCUCGAGACCACAUAUAUGUUUCUUUCCCAUACACUUUAUGUCUGAUGGGGGAGUUUUCAAGCAACCAGUAG